UCUCGACUCCUCCCUCCCUCCCUCUCUCUCUCUCUCUCUCUCUCUCUGUCGCCAGAGCGAAGGAUUAGGAGAAGAGAGAGGGAGUCAUGGCGGACAAGGAGAACAUCGUCCCCCGCCUGACCCGCGCGGCGGCCAAGAGGGCGGCGGCCUCCGCCUCAGCCGCCCAGUCCCAAUGCCAGGACCAGCCCCCGGCCAAGAGGAAGCGCGUGGCCCUGAGCGAGCUCCCGACCCUAUCCAACGCCAUCAUCCGCCCCUCCGCAUUUCUGCGUGCCGCACCUUCCAAACCCAGGCUCAGGUCCAAGAAGGAGGAGGAUGCCGAGGUCUCGAAGGUGCCGCCGGCGGAUCUCCCCGCCGCCGCCGCCACCAACAUGGAUUUCGAUGCGGAGGAUCCGCAGAUGUGCGGGCACUAUGCGAAUGAUAUAUAUCAGUACCUUCGAUCCAUGGAGGUGGAGCAGAAGAGAAGGCCUCUGGUGAAUUAUAUCGAGACGAUCCAGACCGAUGUGACGGCGAAUAUGAGAGGGAUUUUGGUGGAUUGGCUUGUCGAGGUUGCGGAGGAGUACAAGCUUGUCUCGGAUACCCUUUAUCUCACUGUUUCGUAUAUCGAUAGAUUUCUUUCGUUCAAUGCCCUCAGUAGGCAGAAGUUACAGCUUCUCGGGGUGUCUUCGAUGCUCGUUGCCUCGAAGUAUGAAGAAAUUAGCCCUCCUCAUGUGGAAGACUUCUGUUAUAUUACCGAUAACACUUACACAAAGCAAGAGGUGGUGAAGAUGGAGAGUGACAUACUAAAGCUUCUCAAGUUUGAGAUGGGAAAUCCUACUACUAAAACUUUUCUUAGGCGAUUCACAAAGGCUGGACAAGAGGAUGGCAAAUAUCCUGCUCUGCUUCUGGAGUUCUUAGGCAGUUACCUUGCAGAGUUGAGCUUACUAGACUAUGGCUGUGUCCGGUUCUUGCCAUCAGUAAUUGCUGCUUCAGCUGUUUUUCUUGCAAGAUUGACCAUUAAUCGAGCAUCACACCCUUGGAAUGAAACACUUCAACGCUACACUGGUUAUAAGCCGUCUGAGCUAAAGGAGUGCGUCCAUGCUAUAUAUGAUUUGCAAUUGAACAAGAAGGGGUCUGCUUUGGUGGCUAUCAAAGAAAAGUACAGGCAGCACAGGUUUAAGUGUGUAGCUGCCGCAUUGCUUCCUCCCUCAGAGAUUCCUGCAUCAUAUUUUGAAGACCUCAAAGAAUAGAUCUCAGAAAGAGAAUUAUGAUGAAUGACCCCAGGAAUUGAUGCUCCAAGACCAAAUCGCCUGGAGCUGGGAAGAAGGAUGAUUCACAGGAGGUAGUUGAGGAAACAGAUGAGAUAUACACAGAUCUGUUGUUUCAGAAACCAUCAAAAGUUACUGGGCAGUUCUCAUUCUAACUUAGAAGUAAUCAAGCAUUGGCAUUGACGACACUUAGUGUUGAGUAACAUAAGUCUCACAACCAGGUCUUUGAGGCAUAAAUUUUGUAUGGUUUCGAAUCUUUCACUCAAUUUUUCCAAUAUGAAAAUGUACCAACUAACAUCCUUGUUUGUUUAAGUAUAAUAAUAUGUUUAAUCCAUUUUCAUUGUCUAUACAGAAAUUUCAAAAUUAUCUAUUGAAAUUGACUUGAAAAAGGCAUUGAACGACUAGGGUGUGAUAGUCGAGCCUGCUCAGAAGAUCUCUCUUUUUCAAGGGUUUGUUUUGUGAUACUGUUUUGAGAGUACUGAGGGUGUGAGGCUUAAACUAUAGCUCAUUUGCUGUUUUUGUAUGUGCUAGUGUUUAAUGUAAGGUAUGCCAUAUCCACCCGAAUUGGAUGGUAUGAGAUAUAUUAUAUUGUACUAGUCUGGUACCGGUGGUGUACUGAUAUUUAGUA